AUUAAAUGUUAUAAAAAAUUCAACAAAAAUAAAUUAUAGUGAAAAAAAGUAUUCUUUGAAAUUUUGAAAAAAACAAAAAUUACGUAAAAUCAACAAAAUUUUAACUGCAAUCGGUCAAAUACCGUGCCGUGUUAAACAUUAAAGUUUUUCUUUAUUUAUAUUCUUUUAUAGUGCCAAAAAAAAACAACAACAAAAAAAUCGAAUAAUACAAAAAACUCCUAAGCAUUUUAAUUUUACACUUUUUUAUUAUUUUUUUUGUUUUUAAUUUUUUCUUAUUUUUAAAUUCUUUUUUUGUUCAUAUUUUUUAAAUGAUUCAAAAUAUUUUUUAAUGAAAAGAAAAAUAAAGCGAAACUUAAAAAAAAAGCGUAAAAUCGAAAAAUAUAUAACGCGAUCGUGAAAAAUAAAAGCGCGAACAAAUUUUAUAAAAAACACAAUAAAGAAAAACAAAAAUCAUAAAAAAUAAAACCGAAAACAAAAAUGAAUUUCAAUGGCAAAACAAAAGAAAAUAUGGAAUCACGAAAUUCAAUUGGAAUUUUAAAUGGUUUAAAUCAAAAUAAUGGUGGUAUUGGUAUUGGUAAUGUUAAUGUUGGUUUAAUAAAUGAAAAUAGUUCAGUAAUUAUUGAUAAGCACCAACAAAAUCAAAAAUAUUCAUCGGAAUUAUUACAACAACAACAACAGCAACAACAACAACAUAAUCAAAAACAGCAAGAUCAAUUAUAUUGGGGUGAUCGUGUUAUGGAACAUUUUAACAAGGCCAAUUUAUUUGUUAUUUGUUGUAUUGCUGCAGGAUUAUUAUUGAUUGCAUAUUUAGCUGCAUUUUCUUGUGAAGUUUCAUGGUUACUAGAAGCGAAAGGUGAUUUACCAUUUUCUUCAUAUAUGCUAUGUGCAGGAUUUUUUAUAAUGUUUGUUGCAACAACAAUAUUAAUUCAUGGUCUGGUAACUGGUUUGUCAUGGGGUCUUUUUAGCUGGUCAAUAAUUAUUGGUAUAUUAUCAAUACCAGAACUGGCAUUUGUAAUGAUAAUGACAACACAAUAUUGGGGGUUGCAAUCAACACAUGGUCUCACGGAGCUUAUAUCAUAUUUAAUACGCUUAGUUAUAAACAGUGUGGCUCUGAUUUGUGUUAUUCCAACGGGACUUAAAUGGCGCCGUGAAAGGCAGGUUUUAAUGCAAUUACAGACGUUAGCUGCACGCUUGCAACUACAAACACCACCACCAACAGUUCCUUCAUUUAAUAAAUCCGAAUCGCAACGAAGUAGUGUACGUAGAAGUAGGCGGAGUCGCAGGAAUAGUUCUGCAUUUGAUAAUCCUGGUUAUCUAGUCACUGAAACCAAUCAACAAAUUACGAAUAAUAAUUUAUUAGUACCAUCAACUUAUUAUAAUAGUUCAAUAUAUGGAUCACAAAAUGAAUUUAAUGCUAGUUGCUAUAAUAAUAAAAUAAUUUCGGGCCAAUUUGGGCACUAUAACGGUGUUGGAAAUUCAAAUGUUGGUAAACGUUCUCAUUCACUUAUGGAUUUAAGAUGUACACUUCCGGGCUUAUAUAAUCCAAAAUAUGCUUUAGAUGAAGUUGAUAGUCAAAAAUUCAUACCAAAUAAUUUAAGACCCUUAAAACCAAAUCCCGUACAAUUGCAAUACAAUGAUGAAAAACAUAGAAGCCGAGAAGACUUAUCAAUAUUAGGGAUCAAUGGCAAUGUUGUAAGAGGUGAUUUCAAUGGUGCUAGUGGUAGUGCUUCAAUUAUAGAUCCAAUUUAUUCGACAAUCAAUGAACCAAAAACAAAUCAGAAGUUAUCACGAAACUGUAUCUCAUUAGAAAAUCUUGGAGGUAUCGAUAAAGUUAAAAAUGAUUUAAGUUACGGUAACAAUUUAUUGCAAAAUUAUCAACAUUAUCAGUGGUCAAUUGCUGUAGCUGGCUUUCCAACAUCAUCUUCAGCAGUUAACUAUCAUCCAUAUCAACACCUUCCACAAUCAAAUGGACAAUUACCGCCAUUAACACCAUUUUUUCUUUAUAAUCAAAUCCCAAGAGUUGCAUUACAUUGUGGUGGUAUAGGCUAUGGUGGAUACACGAAUCCUUUUGUUAACGGCAGUAGUGGAACCAAUAGCAAACAAUCCUUGGGGCAGGAGUCUGAUGAUUAUCGAAAAUACAGAGAUGUUGCGCUCUAGUAACUAAUAAAUAGUUUAAAUUUAGAAAAAUUCCAUUUAAAAUUAAAAUUUUUGUUUUAUUUAUUUUACUUCAUAUAGACGUGUAUUUUAAUAUUGUAGAAUAAAUAUUAUGUAGGUUUAAUAAAUCAGAAUUUAAAAAAAUUUUUUUAAAAAGGCAAUGUAGUGCAAUAAAGUACCAUAGAAAAAAUUUUCUUAGAAAAAAAAUCGCACAAAGAAACCAAAUUGAAAUACAAUGGUGCAUAAUUUUCAAAGAAUUAAAAAAUAUUUUACCAAUAAUAUUACUAGUCUAAAAUUUUUUUUUUUGUAUUAUACGCAGGUAAUUAUGUAAAUUGUUUCGAAUUUUAAGUUUAAUUUACUGUUAAAUAAUACUUAUUUUAAAGAUGUUUUAUUUUCAUAUAAUAAUGUUAUUGUUUUAAAAUAUAACUAAUUAAAUAAAAUUUACUGUUGUAAUAUGUACUUUAUUCCAAAUAAAAA